ACCCACAGUUACUGUUUACUGCAACAGCAUGAGGAGAAGCUCUCCGGAUUAGACACUAAUAUUACUUAACUUUCUUGUCUAACAACGCCAGCUUUGUCAUAUUCAGAUUAAUGCAAGGACUAUGGACAAAAUCACUUUUCUAAUGGAGCAAUGUCGGCUUUCUCUGUUCUGCUGGGGCACCGUAUUUAUUACCACAGUUCUCAUGGAUCGGAGCGGAGUCGAUGGGAUGUUUCCUAUUCCGAUUCCUCAGCUAUGUAAGUUCUGUGACGUGGAGGCGUCUACCUGUAAUGGCACUGACACCUGUAAAAGCAACUGCAGCAUCACAGCCAUCUGUGCCCACAGUGAUGAGAUCUGCGUGGCUAUCUGGAGGAAGAAUGAUGACAACAACACGAUUGAGACAUUGUGCCACAACCCCUCCGAGACCCUCUAUGGCAUCAUGGUAGAGAACUACAACAAAACCAAGUGUGAGAUGAAGAAGAGGAUGUCAAACAGCGGCCCCUUCCACAUCUGCUCCUGCAACGCUGAGGAGUGCAAUGACAUCUUGAUGUUCACUCUUCACCCCACAAAUAACCAGGCGGUGUUGGUGAUCCUAGUCAGUUUACUACCCCUGCUGGUUCUGGCUGUGCUGGUCAUCGCCUCUUUCUACUGGUAUCGUAUCUACCGUCGACGCAGACUUGAUAAGUGGGAGACCAAGAAGCCAUCCAAAUGCAAAGGCCCUCUUGACUGCAGUGAUGCUUGUGCCAUAAUGAUGGACGACGACCACUCUGACAGCAGCUCCACACAUGCCAAUAACCUCAACCACAACACAGAUCCUCUGCCCAUCGAGCUGGACCUUCAAGUGGGCAAGGGCCGCUUUGCAGAGGUCUACAAAGCCAAACUUAGGCAGAGUCCCUCGGAGCAGUUUGAAACAGUCGCUGUAAAGAUCUUCCCCUACGAAGAGUAUGCAUCCUGGAAGAACGAAAAGGACAUCUUCUCUGACAUCAAUCUGAAGCAUGAGAAUAUUCUGCACUUCUUAACGUCCGAAGAGAGGAAGGUGGAGAAACAGUAUUGGCUGAUAACCGCCUAUCACCCACGUGGUAACCUGCAGGAGUACCUCACACGCCACCUAAUCAGCUGGGAGGACCUGAGGUUGCUCGGGGCCUCGCUGGCACACGGUGUGGCUCAUUUGCAUAGUGACCACACCCCUUGCGGGAGGCCCAAAGUGCCCAUCGUCCACCGAGAUCUGAAGAGCUCCAAUAUCCUGGUGAAGAAUGACCUCACCUGCUGCCUUUGUGACUUUGGGCUUGGCCUCCGUCUGGACAACUCUCUCUCGGUGGACGACUUGGCCAACAGUGGACAGGUUGGUACAGCAAGGUACAUGGCUCCAGAAGUGCUGGAAUCAAGGAUCAACCUGGAAAACAUUGAGUCCUUCAAGCAAACUGAUGUCUACUCCAUGGCCCUGGUACUUUGGGAGAUAACCUCCAGGUGUAACGCCAUCGGAGAGGUGAAGGAUUAUGAACCUCCAUUUGGAUCUAAAGUUCGAGAGCACCCCUGUGUGGAGAGCAUGAAGGACAAUGUGCUGAGAGACAGGGGACGGCCAGAGAUCCCAAACAGCUGGAUGAAGCACCAGGGUGUUGCCAUGGUGUGCGCCACCAUCAAUGAAUGCUGGGACCAUGACCCAGAGGCCCGGCUCACAGCUCAGUGUGUGGCCGAGCGUUUCAACGAAAUUGAGGACGACCUGGAUAAGUUGUCCACCUGUAGCAGCUCCGAAGAGAAGAUCCCAGAAGAUUGCUCUGUGAGCGUGAGCGAUGACAAAUGAGUUCUGAAAGCAUGAAAGUUCUCGACACUUUCAUGCCAUCUCUCUCUGCCACCAGCUACUGGUGAUAAGCUUAAAAAUACAUUUGGCCUAGAACAGCAGAAACUGAAUGUUUGGAGCCUUGCAAUGGUGUUUCUCAGGCUUCACAGUGUGGAGUGGAGCAAUGUGGCCUUUUCAUAAAGCUUUGUUUCAUAACCAAAUAUUUAAUGCACUUUAUCAGAUUACUUAUGUAUAGCUCACACUGAGGAAGGUCGUGCUUCCGAGCUAGAGGAGCUGGAUGGACACACAUAUUCUCCUCUUAAAGCUGACCAAGAGCCAAAUGUAAUCAGGAAAAUAUUUUGCCUCAAAUAUAAGAGAUUGUAGAAGACUUUACAUUUUUACAGAUCAAUUCAGGAUUUUCUGGAUUAUUUUAAGAAUGUGUGUUUAUGUGACCAUUUGAUGUGAAUGUCAGAGCGUGCAUGUGUGUGUGUGUGUGUGUGUAUGUGUAUGUGUGACAGUCUAAGAAUACUGGAUUGUGUGCAUGUAUGUGUGUGGUUUUACUUUUACCAAAAAGUACAUUGUGUGUCAGCCAAGGAAAAUAAGUGUAUUGUAAACACAGCUUUUCAAAAACAGUAUACAUUAACCCACAUUAUUGAGAGAGCCAAAAAAAUAAUGGAAGAAACUGCUGCACAAAACAAGACGUGUGUAAAACAAACAGUAUUUUUAAGUUCACAAAGUGCCUCUAAUGUGUAAACAUAUCUUGGAUGUUGCAAAUAAUUGUGCCUCUCUUUUUACUACUUUGUAAUAUAUUGUAAAUCUUUGAUGAUUAAAAUACAUUUAUGUACAGUGUUGACACUAAAAAUGGUUUCCUUUUUC